AUGCAAAUAAAAAGUCUUAACCUUGAGCAUACUUGUGUUCAUGUUGAUGCAAAUAGUAAGGUGUCAUCUCAGUGGUUGGCAAAGAAGUAUAUAAAUAACUUCAGAGAUGACCAAGGUGAGAGGCUAAAAAAAUUCAUACAUAAGGUGUUCAAUGACACAGAGAUCACAAUUGGGUACCAUAGAGCUUGGUUUGCAAGGGCUAGGGCUAAGCUAAGCAUAUAUGGUGAUGCAUCUGAUCAGUACAAGAGGGUGUAUGAUUAUGCUUGUGCAAUCCUGAAAUAUAACCUUGGAUCAUCAGCCCUUGUAUUAGUGACUCGAGCACAAAAUCCACCUCCAACAUUUCAGAGAAUGUAUGUGUGCAUGGAAGCUUCAAUGGCUAAGGAUGGUAACAACAAUAUAUUUCCAGUGGCAUGGGCUGUUGUUGAGGGAUUAAUUGAUGCUGUUGAAACAGUUUGCCCAAAUACUGAGGUCAGAUUUUGUGUAAGACACAUUUGGGCAAACUUCAAGCUUCAAUUUUCUGGUACAACAUUCAAAGAGUCAUUUUGGAGAGCAGCUAGGACAAGUUCAAGGUUUACUUUCAUAGCUGAAAUGGAGGCUAUCAAGUUCCUCUCCCAAGAUGCCUAUAACUACUUAGUUGAAAUUCCUCCCAAAUAUUGGGCUAGAUAUGCCUUCCUUAUUAGGUUAAAAUCCAAUUUGUCGCUUAACAACCUUUGUGAGACUUUCAACUCAGCAAUCAAGGAAGCAAGGGACAAACCAAUCAUCACAUUCCUUGAAUGGAUAAGAAGAGUGGGGGAGUGGGAAGUUGAUUACGAGCAUGAUACAUUUGUAGUUAACUUAAGAGAUAGGUCUUGUUCAUGUAACAAGUGGGAUAUGACAGGGAUUCCUUGCAUACAUGCAUAUGCUUGCACACUCAGAAUUAGGGGAAAACCAGAGGACUAUGUAGACCCCUUUCAUAGCAAAGAGAAGUAUAUGCAAGCAUAUGGUCCAUAUAUAAAACCUAUGCCUGAAAUGAAGCAAUGGGAAGCCACUGAAUUCCCUCAUCCAUUACCUCCACCAGUCAGGAAAAUGCCAGGCAGACCUUCUCCUAAGAAAAGAAAAAAAGAAGCAGAUGAAAUAUAA